AUCAAAUCCAACACUCAGUGAUAAUCCAAAAACAAUCAUCUAUAUCUAAAUUAAAACCCCUAGCUACAACCAUCAAACCACCAUAAAAAGCCCCGGCGGCCGCAACCUAGAAUUCCAUCCACCAACCGCCGCCAACCGCCGCAAGCCGCCGCAAGCCGCCGCAAGCCGCCGCAAGCCGUCGCAUAUAUGGCGGAAUGUACCAAGAUUUUCUGGGCAGCCGAUUUUUCUCAUUUUCUUGUAUAUACCCUUUUGUUCUUCGGAGUUUUCUACAUUCUCAUCUCAACUAACCCUACCCAGUCCAACAAUAGCCUCAUCUCCAUCUUUCCCACCCAAAACCCUCCUUCCCAUUCCCCAUCAAUGACCAAUAACAGUCAAUAUAGAAUGGUGCUUUACAGAGAUAAGCUUGACGAGGCCUUAGCCGGGGCUUGCACGGAGGACAAGACGGUGAUAAUCGCCGUCGUGAAUAAAGCUUACGUGGAAGGGGACAAGCCGAUGUUGGAUCUCUUCUUGGAUGGUUUCUGGCUAGGAGAAGGUACUAGGAAGUUGGUCAAACAUUUGUUGAUCGUGACCGUCGAUCAAACGUCGUAUGAACGGUGUAUGUUUCUUGGACUGCAUUGCUACAAGCUCGAAACGGACGGUGUGGAUUUCGUCGGAGAGAAACUGUAUAUGUCUGCCGAUUUCAUAAAGAUGAUGUGGAGAAGGACUCAAUUCUUGGGAGAAGUUCUCAAGCUCGGAUACACCUUUAUCUUUACGAAAUAGUUUGCAAGUGGCAAGAAGGAUUUGAACGGAAAGGAUAUGAUUAUUGAUACGGAGUAUGUACAUUUGAUGAGAUGGUGCAGGAUAGUGAUGUUCUAUGGCUAAGAGAUCCAUUCCCUAAAUUGAGGAGCACAAAUGAAACCCUAGACCUCCAAAUCAGUACAGACAUUUUCAACGGCGACGACCGGUCGGAAUCGAACCCGAUCAACACCGGGUUUUACAUGAUCCGGCCCAACAACCGAACCAUCUCCCUGUUCGAUUCCUGGUACGCCAUGAAAAACUCAUCGGACGGAAUGAAGGAACAAGAUGUGUUGAACAAGUUGAUCCGCCAAGGCACACUCAGAGAAUUAGGGCUCAAAGUUCGGUUCUUGGAUACCCGGUUUUUCAGCGGGUUUUGUCAGGAUAGUAAGGACGUUGAGUCGGUCGUGACGGUGCAUGCCAAUUGUUGCCGGACCAUAACCGCCAAGCUGGCGGACCUGACGGCCGUGAUUCACGACUGGCGGAGGUUUAAAAGCUUCUCCGGCGACGGCAACCGGACGGCUGCGUUUCAAUGGUCUCGGCAUGUUAACUGUGUGGAUUCCUGGAAGACACCUUAAUUUGAAUUUGUGUAACAUUUGUAUUUGUACUAGCCACAUACGUAGUAUAGUAUAUACUACCUCCGUCCCAAUUUAGUUAACCAAUAUUGACUUUCCCGGGCAAAGGUGUACACUUUGACCAAUUAUUUUAACUAAUAUAUUUAUGAAAAAAUAAUAAUUUUAUACUUUUAUAAUAGUAUUUUCAACAAAGAACAUUUUCAUAUAAUUUUUAUAUUUUUAAUAUUUUUUCUAUAUAAAUAUAUAAUCGGUCAAAGUUAGGUACCAUUGACUUGAAAAAACAAGUUUGACUAAGCAAAUUGGGACGGAGGGAGUAUUAAUAAUAUAGUACAGUAAUAUAUACUCUGAGCUUGAUAGGUUUAUCGUUGUAUCAAUAUACGUAGUAUAUCAAAACGAUAUAUAUGGUUCAAAUUAGUGGAAUUCUCUUUCCUUUUACUCUCUCCGUG